AUGGUGUUGAUGAUACGGAGUGCUAAAGCUUUGAGAUAUGUUCAUCCUCGUUUCAUGGAGACAGGUACUCUGACAACUGCUUUAUUCAACAGCCGACAGGACUUCUUGUCUUGCUGCGAAAGACACUUCUCCUGUCUCAGCAGCGAUAGAAAAAACCUCUCUUACAAAGAUAUAUUGACAAGUGGGAUUAGUGGUGGUAUUAAGAAAGACGAUGCUGUUCAUCUCUUUCAGUCGAUGCUUCGGUCUCAUCCCCUCCCUACUGUCAUUGAUUUCAAUAAACUGUUUACUGCCGUUGCCAAGACAAAACAGCACAACCUCGUGUUAUCCCUCUCCAAGCAGAUGGAAUUCAAAGGUAUUGCGUUUGACCUCUACACUCUCAACAUAACGAUGAAUUGCUUCUGCCGUCUCCAUAAACUCGGUUUAGCAUUUUCCGUUUUGAGCAAGAUCUUGAAACUUGGCUUUAACCCUAGCACAAUCACGUUUUCAACUUUGGUAAACGGGUUAUGUCUCCAAGGUAGAGUCUCUGAAGCUGUGGCACUAGUUGACCGUAUGGUGGAAAUGAAAGUUAGACCAGAUCUCAUCACGCUUACCACUCUUGUCAAUGGACUCUGUCUCAAAGGUUAUGUCUCUGAAGCAAUGAGUUUAAUUGAUAGAAUGGUGGAACACGGCUUCAAACCCGAUGGAGUUACCUACGGAACGGUUUUAAAUAGAAUGUGCAAGUCAGGGCAAACUUCCAUGGCCUUGGAUUUGCUCAGGAAGAUCAGGCUAGAUGUAGUCCACUACAGUAUCAUCAUUGAUAGUCUCUGCAAAGAAGGGAACUAUGAUGAUGCGCUCAGCCUUUUCAGUGAAAUGGAAACGAAAGGUAUCAAAGCAAAUGUUACUACUUACAACAUUCUCAUAGGCAGCUUCUGUAAAGCUGGAAGAUGGGAUGAUGGUGCAGAGUUGUUGAGGGAUAUGAUCACAAGAAAAAUCACCCCUGACGUCAUUACUUUCAAUGCAUUGAUCGAUUGUCUUGUGAAAGAGAGAAAACUUAAGGAGGCUAAGGAAUUGUACAAUGAGAUGAUCACAAGGGGGAUAGAUCCUGAUACCUUUACAUAUAACUCUUUGAUAGAUGGUUUGUGCAUUGAAAACCGCUUAGAUGAAGCCAACCAGAUGAUGGAUGUGAUGGUUAGCAAGGGAUGUGAUCCUGAUAUAGUGACGUUUAAUAUUCUCAUUAAUGGAUACUGUAAGGCUAAACUUGUUGACGAGGGGAUGAAGAUAUUCCGUGAGAUUUCUCUGAGAGGGUUGGUUGCUGAUACAGUCACGUAUAGCACACUUGUUCAAGGGUUUUGUGAAGUGGGAGAACUCGACGUUGCUAAACAAAUCUUCCAAGAGAUGGUUUCUCGAGGUGUUCAUCCUAAUAUUAUCACGUACCGUAUUUUGCUGGAUGGGUUGUGUGACAAUGGAGAAGUAAAAGAAGCAUUGGGAAUACUCGAUAAAAUGCACAAGUGUAAGACUGAUGUUGAUAUUGGGAUGUGCAAUGCAAGGAGAGUCGAUGAUGCUUGGGAGUUAUUCUCUAGCCUCAAAGGAGUGAAGCCUGAUGUUAAAACGUACAAUAUAAUGAUCUCAGGACUAUGUAAGAAAGGGUCAUUGUCUGAAGCGGAUAUGUUGUUUAAAAAGAUGGGAGAGGAAGAUGGGAUUGAGCCUAAUGACUUUACAUACAACACACUUAUCAGAGCACAUCUCCGAAGCAACGAUGUAGCCACUUCAGUUGAGCUCAUUGAAGAAAUGAAGAGGUGUGGAUUCUCUGCAGAUGCUUCCACCAUGAAGAUGAGACUUCCUCCUUGCAGAGACAAAAGGUUUGUGUUUUCCUCUUCUUCAACUGCCUUAGCGUCUCGUGGUGAACAUUUAAAAAAAGGCUGUUCUGAGCAAAUGCUGUAA